CGCCAUCCCCUGACAUGCUGGGGAUUCAGCAUCCUUCAUCGACCUCGUAGAUUUGAUUUACUAACCUUUUCUUUGUCCUUCGUUUCCCCCUCAACCAGCUUCUUUCCCCUUUAACCCCCGAGCCACAUACAGAGCUCCCUCUCUCAAAAUGGACGACUCGUUGAUCGACUCCAUCUUUGAGGACGAUGGCUCUGGCUCUGACUUUCUUCCUGAACCUGCGCCGAAACCCAAGGCAAAGAAGACAGCUACUUCCAAAGCAGCGCCUAAGAAAUUGUCACAGACUACUCUCAAGAUGAAGCCAUCAGCAGCAAAGUCAUCUAAGAAAAAUGCCAAGCUCGAUAGCGAAAACGAACCGUCAGAAGAUGUCGAUAUGUCCGACAAUGACUCCGUUCUUUCCAGCACACCUCCCAAGAAAGUGAAAGGCGCUGCAGCCCCGAAAAAGAAACCCUCGAAACCACUAGCAGCUAAUGAGAAUGAGUCUGGCGAUAUCGAAGAGGUUAAUGAGCCGUCUGAGGAAAAAGAUGUUUCGGAAAAAUACCAGAUGCUCUCACCACUAGAGCAUAUCAUCAAGCGCCCCGACACUUAUAUUGGGUCUGUCGAACGCACUACGCAGCAGAUGUGGGUGUACAACUCGGAGUCUGACGCAAUGGAAUUUCGCGAAGUUUCCUACGUUCCCGGUCUCUACAAAAUAUUCGACGAAAUCGUUGUCAACGCUGCAGAUAAUAAGCAGAACGAUGAGAAUAUGGAUGAGAUACGAGUUACAGUGGAUCGCGAGUCUGGCGAGAUUAGCGUUUGGAACAAUGGCCGCGGUAUCCCGAUUGAGAUGCAUACUAGAGAAAAAAUGUACAUCCCACAGCUGAUCUUCGGUAACCUUCUAACGUCAUCCAACUACAACGACAACCAGCAGAAAGUGUCUGGUGGUCGAAAUGGUUACGGCGCUAAACUCUGCAACGUUUUUUCCACUGUGUUCACUCUAGAGACGCAGGAUUCGCGCCAAAAAAAAAGGUACAAACAGAUCUGGACAGACAAUAUGUCAAAAAUGGGCGCGCCCAAGAUCACAGCUGCCAAAGGCGACGACUAUACCAAGGUCACGUUCAAGCCAGACUACGCUAAAUUCGGCAUGGAUGGCAUGGAUGAUGACUUCGAGGCUCUCUUAAAGCGUCGUGUCUAUGACUUGGCGGGAACCACCAAGGUUAAUGUUAAGCUCAAUGGCUCGCGAAUCCCAGUGCGCAAUUUCAAAAAAUACAUGGAGAUGUACAUGAAGGCUAUCCGGAAAGAACGCGGAGAAGAAGGCCCGAUGACAAAGGACGAAAUUGUUACCUGUAGCCCUCAUCCUCGCUGGGAGAUUGGAUUCGCUGUGUCGGACGGCUCUUUCCAACAAGUGUCGUUCGUCAAUGCCAUUGCCACGACGUCCGGCGGAACCCAUGUGAACUACAUCGCUGACCAGAUCUGUAACAAGCUUGCCGAACAGGUGAAGAAGAGGAACAAGAAUGGAGCCACCCUCAAAACCUCGCAGAUCAAGAACCACAUUUUUCUUUUUGUGAAUGCCUUGAUUGUCAACCCAGCUUUCAACUCCCAAACUAAGGAACAAUUGAGUACCAAGCCCGCCAAAUUUGGCAGUAAAUGUGUGCUUGAUGAGGACUUUUUCAAAAAAAUCCUCAAGACCGACAUCAUGGCGAAUAUCUUGAACUUUGCUCAGCGCAAGGCCGAUCAGAUGUUGACCAAAUCAGAUGGUGGUCGACGCUCACGAAUGAACAACCCCAAGCUGACCGAUGCGAACAAGGCAGGAACCAAGGAGGGACAUCACUGCACACUGAUUCUUACCGAAGGUGAUUCAGCUAAAGGCUUGGCCAUGGCAGGACGAGCAGUUGUCGGACCAGAUCUAUUUGGUGUCUUCCCCCUGCGAGGAAAGCUUCUCAAUGUCCGUGAUGCCUCGUUUCAACAGAUAUCGCAAAAUCAAGAGAUCCAGAAUAUCAAGAACUUUCUUGGUCUUCAACAUAAGAAGGAAUAUACCGAUACGCGCGGCCUCCGAUAUGGUCACUUGAUGAUUAUGACCGAUCAGGAUCAUGAUGGAAGUCACAUUAAGGGUCUCCUUAUAAACUUCCUUCAAGCGCAAUUCCCGAGUCUGCUAAAGAUUCCGGGGUUUUUAAUCGAAUUCAUCACACCUAUCAUGAAAGUUUGGAAGGGUGACCCUAAGAAUCCGACUAAGUCACAUUCAUUCUUUACCAUGCCUGAGUUUGAAGCAUGGAAGGAGGCUCAUGGCCACGAACGUGGUUGGGAACACAAGUACUACAAAGGUCUGGGUACUAGUUCGACGGAAGAUGCUCAGAUUUAUUUUAGCGACCUGGACCGCCAUUUGAAAGAGUUCCACACCAUGCAGGAUAACGAGGCAGCGCUCAUUGAUCUUGCCUUUUCGAAGAAGAAAGCUGAUGAGCGAAAGGAGUGGUUGCGUCAGUUCAAACCCGGGACCUUUUUGGACCACUCAGUCGACAAGAUCUCUCACAGUGACUUCAUCAAUAAAGAGCUGAUUCUAUUCAGCAUGGCGGAUAAUAUUCGUUCCAUUCCUUCCGUUAUCGAUGGUUUGAAACCUGGCCAGCGGAAAGUGCUGUAUACGUCCUUCCGCCGCAAUCUGAAAAAAGAUAUUAAAGUCGUUGAGCUUGCUGGUCUCGUUUCAGGAAUGACAGCAUACCAACACGGUGAUACUUCGCUGCAGCAAACAAUCGUUGGUCUUGCUCAGACUUUUGUUGGGUCUAACAACGUGAACUGCUUGGAACCCAGUGGAAACUUUGGUAGCCGUCUGCAGGGUGGAUCGGAUUGCGCCAGCGCCCGUUACAUCUAUACCCGACUGUCACCGUUUGCGAGAAAAAUUUUCCAUACUGCGGAUGAACCGCUCUUGACGUACAAUGAAGAUGAUGGCGAGAAGAUUGAACCAGAGAUCUAUAUGCCCGUGGUCCCUAUGAUUUUAAUCAACGGUGCCGACGGCAUUGGUACGGGAUGGAGUACUUCCAUUCCCAACUACAACCCGGAGGAUGUCGUUGACAACUUGAAGCGCAUGAUGGAUGGCGAGCCGAUCAAACCCAUGCAGCCGUGGUUCCGUGGUUUUACGGGCCCCGUCACCCCUCUCGGCCCGGACCGAUUCAAAUUCAGUGGAAUUGCCAGGCAGACUGGGGACAAGGAGAUAGAGAUUACAGAGCUUCCUAUCCGUACCUGGACGCAGGAUUUCAAGGACAAGCUGGAGGACAUAAUCAAGGCCGAGAAGACUCCAUCCUUCAUCAAAGACUAUAGGGAUUAUAACACUCAUACGAAGGUUAACUUCAUUAUCCAACUCGAUGAAAAACACAUGAAGGACAUCACUCCGGAAACUCUCGAUGAGAAAUUCAAAUUGUCUAAGACUAUGACUACCACAAACCUGGUAGCGUUUGAUGAGGAAGGCAGAAUCACCAAGUAUGACUCGGUUGAGGAUAUCCUUAAGGCCUUCUAUGCCGUUCGAAUCAAAUUCUAUGAGAAACGAAAGCAGCAUCAGUUGUCGACGAUGCAGCGCGACCUGGAGAAACUCAGCAACCAGGCUCGCUUCAUCCAGAUGAUCAUCGACGGUACCUUGGUUAUUUCCAAGAAGAAGAAGUCCGUGCUUGUAACGGAACUGAAAGAGAAGGGAUUCCGGCCAUUCCCAAAGGUUUCCGAAGCUGUCAAAGCGGGCGAGACGGAGAAAGUUGUUGAAGAGGAAGAGGAGUCAGACGAUUCGGAGACACUCUCUAACGCCUACGACUAUCUACUCGGAAUGCCCCUCUGGUCUCUGACGCAGGAACGAGUCGAAAAGCUGCGUCGUCAGAUCGGUGAUAAGGAAGUCGAAAUCGACGCCCUUAUUAAGCUUUCCAAAGAAGAUAUUUGGAAGCGGGAUCUGGACGAGUUCAUCGAAGAAUGGAGAUUCCAGCUUGAGGAUGAAGCUCAGCGACAACGCAAGGCUGCAAGAAUUGGUCGUCGCACGUCAAUGAAGCUAAUGACCGCCAAAGGUCGCGGACGUGGCGGCGGGAGGAAGCGCAAGGUGGCUGAUGACGACGAUCCGGACGAUGAGGACUUCGCAGCUCCCAAAUCUAAGAAGACCGCUCAUGUGGCAUCGAGUGACGACGAAGACGAUGAUUUUGCCAGUAUUCCCAAGGCGAAAUCGGCGACGCUGUCUUCGAAACGCGACAAACAACCACAGCGCAAGCCUGCCAAGAUCACCGAAUUAAGCGACUCGGACAGCGAUAAUGGGGAUGAUCUGCUAGGUGACGUCAGCAAAAUGGUCAAGGGUAUCGGUGCCCCUGCUCGUGGCUCCAAAUCAGAUUCCCGGGAGCUCUUCUCCGAACAAUCCAGGCCCAGCGGCAGUGCUGCGCUCAAAACAGCCUCCAAAGAAUCGUCGAAGGUCUCAGCCUACGACUUGGAUGAUGACACGGACUACAGCAAGCUAAUUCCGCAGAACUCGCCUCGCCGAACCCUUCAGGUGAAAUCGAAGGAGCCAAGGGUAAUUUCUGACGAGGAUGGUGAUCACCACAAUGGUGACAUCGAAAUGGUCGACUCGGAUAAUGAAAAGUCUCCUGAGGCACCAGUGGUCAAAUCCAAAGCCAAUGCAAAAACCAAGCAGACGGCGACAACCACAUCCAAGGCCAAGAGCAGCACAACCUCCGGGACGGGUAGGCCCCGCGGCCGUCCUAAGAAGGACACAACGACCACGACCAAAGCAGCUACCUCCGCUGCCCCUAAGAAGCAGCUCCAGCAGACGACGCUUUCCCCUGCGGCCAAGGCAUAUGCAUCGAAGCAGACAAAGAGCAAGAAAAGGACAUUGAUGGACGACUCUGAUGAUGAUAUCGACGCCAUGGCGAACGAUAUCUUGAACUCUCCAGGUGGUGGACAGGAGUCAGAUGAUGAUUCUAUUGUCAAGCCAGCUCCGGCUCGCAGGACGGCUGGUCGACCGGCCCGUCAGGCUGCCAGCCGGAAGACGUACACGAUUGAGCCGGAUAGCGAGAGUGCGGUCUUUGAUGACGACUCUGGGGAUGAUUUUGACGAUAGUGAUUAA